AAAUAAAAAAACUCUCUUUUUUUAUAUCUUUGCUAAAGUCAUGUAUUACUCAAGAAACGGAUCAUGACACAGAACGGCACCUCAUCCAGAUUAGAUUUCAAUGGCAGCUCUUCAUUAUUAAACUCUAAAUUUUUUUUUUCUCUCUUCUCUCUUUUCCUUUCAUCAUCUCAUCAUGACUACUGGUACUGUAUCCACUCAACACUCUGAAGAUAUUGCUUUUGCUCGCGCACUUCAUGGUGAAAAAGUCAAAUCUGGUUUAUUAGCCAAUUUGUCUUCUAAGAAUGCUGAUGUUCAUAACGUGGCUACUGAUACUUACCUCAAGAUGUGGAAGAAGCCUGAAGCUGAAACAAAAGAAGAUGAAGAUAAGCGUCUGGAUGGCUAUACAUCGCUUGUAAACUCGUAUUAUAACUUGGCUACUGAUUUCUAUGAAUACGGUUGGGGUUCUAGUUUCCACUUUUGUCGUUAUUAUGUAGGUGAAGAAUUCAACCGUGCCAUUGCUCGUCAUGAACACUAUUUGGCUUCCAACAUUGGUAUCAAGAGCCAUAUGCGUGUCCUUGAUGUAGGUUGUGGUGUAGGUGGUCCUGCGCGUGAAAUUGCUCAUUUCACUGGUGCUCACGUGACUGGUUUAAACAACAAUGCCUAUCAAUUACAACGUGCUAGACACUAUGCUGCUAAAGAACUCUUGCAAGACCAAACUGAAUUCAUCAAGGGUAACUUUAUGGAAAUGCCUUUUGAAGAUAAUUCAUUUGAUGCUGUAUAUGCUAUUGAAGCUACAUGUCAUGCUCCUGUCUUUGAAGGUGUCUAUGGUGAAAUCUACCGUGUUUUGAAGCCCGGAGGCAGUUUUGGUUGUUAUGAAUGGUGCAUGACAGAACACUACGAUGAGUCCAACCCUGAACACCGCGAAAUCGCUCACCGUAUCGAAAUCGGUAAUGGUAUUCCCAAGAUGCGCCGUACAGAUGUCUGCUUAAACGCACUCAAGAAUGUUGGAUUUGAUGUGCUCAUGAACCAAGAUUUAGCUGACAUGGGUGAUGCUAUUCAAUGGUAUUAUCCUCUUGAAGGUGAUAUUCGUAAAUGUCAAACUGUCAAGGAUGUCUUUACCACUUUGGCCAUGACCAAGUUGGGUCGUUUCACAACCACUAAUUUGGUGCGUGUGUUGGAGAAAGUCGGAUUGGCUCCUCAAGGCACAGUAGAGACUCAAAAGUUCUUGGAAACAGCUGCUGAUGCUUUAGUUGAAGGUGCUCGCAAGAAUCUAUUUACACCCAUGUUUUUCUUUGUUGCCAAGAAGCCUGAAUAAAUGGAUCAUAUCAUGUUUAUUUUAUAACAACAAUAAUAAUAAUAAUA